GGCUGGCGGCCCCACCAGCGCAAGUGCCCCGCACCUGCCCGCCUGCUCUCAGCAUCAAGAGAAGGCGGCAUUUCGCAUGGGUAAAAUCCGCGCCUGGACGCCGGGAGAAUGUUGUUGCUCUUGCCGUUCGGCCCAUUGUAUAGACGCAGCCAGCGAGGCUCGCAAAGGUCAGGGAUGCACGUAGGACUGGCCCGCACCUUGCAGCCACGGAAAGAUCCGCCUGGCCCGCGGCCCCUCCACGCCUCCGAGGUCGAGACAGUGACAUAAGUCAACUCUCGAGCCCAGGGCGUCUCUCCACUCUGCUUAGACGUCCACUCCGUCUGCCUGAAGCUACGGCCGGUGCGUCCCGCUUCGACUCCCUCUGCUUUCCUUUUCAGCUUCUCGCCUCCAGACUGUUCCGGCGCCGCUGCCUGAAAUUACCUGCCCCGGGGGAGGCGCGGCGCGCGCCGCGCAGCGCAGCCUCAUGACGAAACUACAACUCCCAUGAGGGGCUGAGCACACGCAGGCGCGCCGCGGCCGAACUCGCCGCGCCGGAAUCCUAUUGGCUGGGCCGACUCUGAGGCGGGAGCCCUGAUUGGUUGAUGGGUCUGAGGCGACAGAUUCCGGAAAGGGGAAGAGCAGCCAACAUGGCGGCGGAACGCGGCGCGGGGCAGCAACAGUCGCAGGAGAUGAUGGAGGUUGACAGGCGGGUCGAGUCCGAAGAAUCCGGCGAUGAGGAAGGGAAGAAACACAGCCGUGGCAUCGUGGCAGACCUCAGUGAACAGAGCCUGAAGGAUGGGGAGGAGCGGGGGGAGGAGGACCCAGAAGAAGAACAUGAGCUGCCUGUGGACAUGGAAACCAUCAACCUGGACAGAGAUGCAGAGGAUGUUGAUUUGAAUCACUGUCGCAUUGGGAAGAUUGAAGGAUUUGAGGUACUGAAGAAAGUGAAGACUCUCUGCCUCCGCCAAAAUUUAAUUAAAUGCAUUGAGAAUCUGGAGGAGCUACAGAGUCUUCGAGAGCUGGAUCUUUACGACAACCAGGUCAAGAAGAUUGAGAAUCUGGAGGCGCUAACAGAGCUGGAGAUUCUAGAUAUUUCUUUUAAUCUGCUGAGAAACAUCGAAGGGGUUGACAAGUUGACACGACUGAAAAAACUCUUCUUGGUCAACAAUAAAAUCAGUAAAAUUGAGAACUUAAGCAACUUACAUCAACUACAGAUGCUAGAGCUGGGAUCUAACCGCAUCCGGGCAAUUGAAAAUAUUGACACCUUAACCAACCUGGAGAGUUUGUUUUUGGGGAAAAACAAAAUUACUAAACUUCAGAACCUGGAUGCGCUCACCAACCUGACAGUCCUCAGUAUGCAGAGCAACCGGCUGACCAAGAUCGAGGGUCUGCAGAACCUGGUGAACCUGCGGGAGCUGUACCUUAGCCACAAUGGCAUUGAGGUCAUCGAGGGCCUGGAGAACAAUAUGAAUGACAAUCUCCUGGAGAGCUGGAGCGACCUCGACGAGCUGAAGGGAGCCAGGAGCCUGGAGACGGUGUACCUGGAGCGGAACCCCCUGCAGAAGGACCCCCAGUACCGGCGAAAGGUCAUGCUCGCCCUCCCCUCCGUGCGGCAGAUUGACGCCACGUUCGUCAGGUUCUGAGUCCUCCUUGCUCCUCCUAUGGCCCCUCUCCUCGGAAGAACUGCCCAGCCACGGUUUUUUAACCCACCUGUUGCUCCUGAGGUCGUCACUAUAUCAACAGUCAAAAACCCAGUGGCAAUAAAGGCACUGAGGAUAGCUGACGCGCGAUGCCACGUGCCAUUUUCAGAUGCCGUUGCAAUUAAACCUUGCCACACGGUCCUCCUGGGUGAUUGUGGACAGUUAUUGUAGCCACAGAGAGCACAUAAGACACGUUGCGUUCAUUCACUAGAAAUUCCUUUCUGUUUCCUCCUCUCAGAAGGCGGGCACAGUCCCCACCUGGGUUGUGUGAAACACAGGGCCUGAGAGUGCUUUACAGGCCUUCACGUGCUGUCCAGGUGGCAUUCAGGGGCUGGCCCAGCUGGUGUCCUGGUGUGCAGGGUUCAGGCAGUCCUGACCUGCAACACCAGAGGUUUUUUAGUCUUGUAAACCAGACAAUGCUAAUUUUUUAAAAAUUAGUUAAGUUAAAAAAGCAUGGGUAAAAGCUAACUCAGCCCUGUGUGCCUGUGUUCCUUAGAGCUCUCCUUUAAAGAGUGCCGGGCAGGGCUGACUGCUUUCACGUGUGCCUGUCAGUGCUCGCCACAGCCCUUGCCUGUGAUGAGUGAAAGCUCAGGUGUGGGGAGGGCAUCCGUGUCCCAACGGUGCUGUGCUGCUGCCAGGGUGCGAGCCCCACUGAGCUCUCCAAAGACGGCCUCCAAGGAUCUGAACUCUUGGCCACGUGUAUAGUGGCCUUCUGUUCUCACCCCAUUGUUAUUUUGGCUCUUUUAAUAGAAAAUGUACAUUGACAGA